CUCCCUUGCUGUCUCUGGAAAUGCACAGGAACAUUUUAAUGGGCAUUUGGAAAAGUUUCUUGCUGCUGUAGAUAAAAAUAUCUCAAGGAAGUGUUCAGAAGGCAUUUCCCUUAACAACAGCAUUGUUCUCAUUCAUGUCUGUGUUAAAAGUGAGAGCGGUUAGCUCCUGAAUGUGCCUGUUUUGUUGUUUUUUGGUUUUGUGUUUGUUUUGUUUUGUUUUACCUAAAUGAAGUCUAUAAAUUAGGAAAUUUUAGAAGAAAUUUUCACAGACUGAGAAGGACCAAACUGAAUGGAAUAUAACCUGUGAGAGCUUUCAAGGAGCGCUGCCAAGCUGAUGUCACAACUGGCUGCUGCUGUUGGGAAAUGUGAAUCUCGGUGUAGCUGAAAAUGUAAAUGUUUAUCUUGUGAGAAUUUUGAUAGAGAAGUAAAGAGAUUUUACAAGUUCAGUCAGUAAAGGAAAACAGCAAACUAUAGAAGACUUGCAAGCUGUUUCUCCUCAGGAUUAUUAAAAUGGAUGAAGAAAGAGAUACUACUCCUGGAGGUGCUAACUAAUGAGACAGGAGAACUUUGCUUCCAGCUGUGUUCAGUUCAGGUGCAGAGCAGCUGCUUGUGGCAGCUUGGCCAUGGAGGCCCCUCAACGUGUUGGUUCUCCAAAGCACUCAAAGCCAGGCCAGAGAGAAGCUGGCUGCCCACAACAGGGCUCCUGCUGACUUCUCAAAAAGCUAAUGAACUAGGAGAACUUCUCCGACAAGCCCUCGUACCCCCCAGGAGCUACCAAGGUUUCUGUGGCAGCAUUCCCACUGCCAUCAGUGAGGCAGUGGCCAGGCAGGGGUAACUGUCAGGCAGUGCAGCAAGCUGUUUUCUGUACAUUGCCUGCUAUUCACAGCCAGCUUCUAAGAAGUCCAGCCUGGAGUUCCACCCCAUGCUUUGAAGCAAGAUAAUCCAACUAUGAAGCACAGGCAGGUUGAGAUAAGAAAUUACACCUAAAUUUGAGUAUUUCUACAUCCCAUUAAUUUUGACUUUUGGAGGCAUAUAGUAUGCAUAUAUAAAACUGCAGUGUACCCCAAUAUCUGUCUUGCAGCAAAGACAAAAGCCGAGGUGCAGAAGUCUGAGUGUCUGUAGAUAGCAAUGUUGUGUCAGUACUGAGGUAUUGUAAAUGGCCGAAUAAUGAUUUUCUAAGUAUAGAGGAGUAAAUUUUCCCAUUGAAGCUUAUAACACUGAGGAAUAAAAUGUAUUAACCAUGGUUACUAACUAAAAUGCUAAAUAUUAUCGUUUCUGGGAAACAAAAUGUUAAACCGGCACAAUUUUGAAAAGUGGGACAUGGGAUGGUUCCACAAGACACGAGAUAAAAUUGAAAGGAUUCUAUUGAAAAGCCUGGGAUAGAGGAUCAUUUUUCUAACUUUAAAACAGUUUGUCUUGCCCUCACAGUCAAAGAAAAAUCCCGAUAGGAACCUUUGCAGAAAGCUGUAGACAGAGGGGAGAAAUAGCACAGAACCCCAAAAUCUGAUACAUACAAAGGUGAAAAAAGCUCAGCUUGGAGUUUGAAGUCAUACAAUAAGAGGACACAAAUGUAGUGUCUUCUGUUCUUCAUUGAAAGAGUAUGACUAGAGAUUAUAUGGCUGAAGAUUUAUCUCAUGAGCCUGAAAGGAAACUUGGCACGUUAUGUGAAGAAGCAGCAGGUUGUUACUAUCACAGUGAUUACAGAAAAAAUAAAUGAUAGAAAAGAUGGGAUUUCAAAAAGAUUUUGACUUCCUUUUGACUAAAUACUAUUUUUUAAAAAGCUGAGCUGUGUAAUAAAGGAGAAUUAUUUUGCUAUUUUAAGUGUAACAUAUUCACAAAAGAGCAAAAUUCCUCUAAGAAAUGAAGACAUCCUAUCAAUAAAAAUAAUACUAAUGCUUUUACUCUUCUUCAUUUACAAGCUGAUCAAAGUCAAACUAAAGCAAGUAAAUGGAUGCUGAUGGGCUUUGAUUAAGUUUUUUAUCUAUUUUUAUGGCAGUGACAACUAGAAAGAUGCAGACUUAACCAGGCUCUUUCUUUUGGUUUUACAGGAUCUGAAUGCUACAAAUGCAGAAAUGAUUUGGCAACAAAUGUCACAUUGGUACGAAAAAGUUCAUGAAAUAUUUUAAUAUUAUUAUUAAAUCUGAAGCCAUCUAACUUUAAUAAUGACAAAACACUGUAUUAUAAAAGAAUGGGCUUUCUGUAAAGCAUACUCACAAUCUGAUUUUCUGUUUGUUUGAUUGGUUGGUUCUUGCUUUUACCACUGUAAUAUUAGAGGGAUGAAUGGUCAGAUCAUUGGCUUCCUUCCUUCUCCUGUGUUUCAGGACAUGCCUGCACAAAGCCCUGAUUUUCAGUCUGCUUCUGCAGCCACUAAUGACACAGCCUUCCAUUAUCACUCAGCCAAACUUUGUCCUGUUGUUGGCUGAUGAUCUUGGUAUAGGGGAUGUAGGUUGCUACGGGAAUGAUACUAUCAGGACUCCAAACAUUGAUCGCCUGGCAAGGGAAGGAGUGAAGCUGACCCAACAUAUCUCUGCAGCUCCACUUUGCACCCCCAGCAGAGCAGCGUUUCUCACUGGCAGAUAUCCCAUUCGAUCAGGAAUGGAUGCUGUAAACAAUUACCGUGUUAUUUUUUGGAAUGGUGGCUCAGGAGGGCUCCCUCCAAAUGAGACCACUUUUGCCAAAAUACUGCAGCGACAAGGCUACAGCACAGGACUAAUCGGGAAGUGGCAUCUAGGUGUUAACUGUGAACACCGAAAUGACCAUUGUCAUCACCCUUUGAACCAUGGGUUUGAUUAUUUCUAUGGGAUGCCUUUUACGCUAAUAAGUGACUGCCAAACAACAGAAGAACCAGAGAUGGAUAGAGCCUUCAGAAGGAAAGUUUGGCUUUAUACUCAGAUGAUUGCCCUCGCUACGCUCACCACUGCCCUAGGGAAACUCACCGGCUUGUUUUCUGUCCACUGGAGAACGGUGACCUGCCUUGCUCUGUUUAGUCUCCUUUUUUUUGUGUCCUGGUUCUCAAGUUAUGGAUUUGUAAGAUAUUGGAACUGCAUUAUAAUGAGAAACCAUGAAGUCACUGAGCAGCCAAUGGUGACAGAAAGGACUACAUCUUUUAUUUUGAGAGAGGCCAUUUCAUUUAUUGAAAGAAAUAAGCACAAGCCAUUCCUCCUCUUUCUUUCAUUUUUACACUCUCACACCCCUCUACUCACAUCAGAGAAGUUUCUUGGGAAGAGUAGCCAUGGCUUAUAUGGAGACAAUGUAGAGGAGAUGGACUGGAUGGUGGGGCAGGUUCUAGAUGCUAUCGACAGGGAAGGUUUGAAAAAAAAUACACUAGUUUACUUUGCCUCUGAUCAUGGUGGAUGGCUGGAGAGACAAGAAGGCAAAAGGCAGCUGGGUGGUUGGAAUGGAAUAUACAGAGGUGGAAAAGCUAUGGGAGGCUGGGAAGGAGGAAUCCGCGUCCCAGGAAUAUUUAGAUGGCCAGGAGUGUUACCUGCGGGCAGAGCGAUCAGUGAACCUACCAGCCUUAUGGACAUUUAUCCCACAGUAGUUCAUUUGGCUGGAGGAGUAGUACCUCAGGACAGAGUAAUUGAUGGCCGGGAUUUGAUGCCUUUACUACAAGGAACAGUUGAGCACUCAGAGCACAAGUUCCUGUUUCAUUACUGUGGCACUCAUUUACAUGCUGUGCGAUGGCACCAGAAGGACAGUGGAGCUGUCUGGAAGGCUCAUUAUGUAACCCCAAACUUCCGUCCACUCGGGGCUGGAGCUUGUUAUGACAGAGGAUUUUGCCCAUGUUUUGGGGAAGGCGUGACCCAUCAUGACCCUCCACUGCUGUUUGACCUCUCACGAGACCCUUCUGAGUCCCAGCCUCUGUCAGCUGACACCGAGCCCCUCUUUGACACUGUAAUAGAGCAGAUUGGGAGAGCCAUUGAAGAGCACCGCAGGACACUGACUGCAGUCCCACAGCAGCUGUCUGUGUAUAACAUCAUCUGGAAGCCAUGGCUGCAGCCCUGUUGUGGGAUGUUCCCGUUCUGUUGGUGCGAUAAAGAAAGUGAUGAUAAACUUGCUGACCUACAAAGGAAAUAACUGAAGUUACCCAAGGUUUUAGAUCAUGAAUAUUUUCUCUGGGGGGUGUUUAUUAAUGGAUUGUUUGCUUAGGUUUUUUGUUUUUAAUGGAGAUUUUAUUUGAGAAUCGUUCCAGUAAGUUGCACAGUAUUUGGUAAAGGUAUCUUUAGACUGGACAUUCUCAGGGAUGGAGAACAGUAUGAUCUGAAGAACGUGUUUUAACUUGCAUAUGCUAACAACUGAAGGAAAAAUUCAAUUACACUGAAAUGUAAUAACAUUAGACUUUUACCAGUAAUUAUACAACUUAUCUUUUGUUGUUUACGAAUGUAUAUUUAGAAGUUUUGGUUGGUUGAUUUUUUUUUGCUUUGGAAUUUGUAAAUCAUUCAGGGAUUAAGGUUUCCUUUCUUUUUUACAGUUAAUGGCAAUGCUAGAUAUCCCUGUAAUAUAUUUUUGCAGACAACUUUUCCUCCUACCUCCA